AUGUCUGCAGCCGACGUGUCUACUACUCCUUCGGCCACUGGCCAAAACGGUGCCUCGGAGGCACCCAGCCAGAACGGCACCACUGCGAUCAACACCAACGUUGCGCAGUCUGAAGGCCCCAACGACAAUGAUGCUGCAACUCCUUACUCUGCCACUACGAACAAUGCAGCGCACUCUGCCUCCCUCUAUGUCGGGGAGCUGGACCCCUCCGUCACCGAGGCAAUGCUCUUCGAGUUGUUCUCGUCCAUCGGUCAAGUCGCUUCCAUCCGCGUUUGUCGCGAUGCCGUCACUCGUCGCUCCCUCGGUUACGCCUAUGUCAACUACAACAACACCGCCGAUGGAGAGAGAGCCUUGGAAGAUUUGAACUAUACCAGUAUCAAGGGCCGUCCAUGCCGUAUCAUGUGGUCUCAGCGUGAUCCCGCGCUCCGCAAGACUGGACAAGGUAAUGUCUUCAUCAAGAAUUUGGAUGCGGCCAUCGACAACAAAGCGCUCCACGACACUUUCACCCAGUUCGGCAACAUCCUCAGCUGCAAGGUCGCCCAGGAUGAGCUUGGAAACUCCAAAGGUUAUGGCUUCGUCCAUUACGAAACUGCUGAGGCGGCCAACUCAGCCAUUAAGUCUGUCAACGGCAUGUUGUUGAACGACAAAAAGGUCUUUGUCGGUCACCACAUUGCCAAGCGAGAUCGUCAGAGUAAGCUUGAAGAGAUAAAGGCCAAUUUCACCAACGUCUACAUCAAGAACAUCGACGAGUCAGUAACUGACGAUGAAUUCACCAAGCUUUUUGAGCCAUAUGGCGACGUUGUGUCUGCCACGAUUACUCGCGACGAGAAUGGCAAGAGCCGUGGCUUUGGUUUCGUCAACUAUGCUAGUCACGAGUCGGCAUCCCGGGCUGUUGAUGAGCUCAACGAUAAGGACUUCCACGGCAAGAACCUGUACGUCGGACGUGCCCAGAAGAAGCACGAGCGUGAAGAAGAGCUCCGCAAGCAGUAUGAGGCUGCCCGCAUGGAGAAAGCUUCCAAAUACCAGGGUGUCAAUCUCUACAUCAAGAACUUGACCGAUGAUGUCGACGACGACAAGCUUCGUGAUCUCUUCAGUGGUUAUGGUACCAUCACCUCGGCCAAGGUCAUGCGUGACGCAGUUGAGCGCACCGCCUCUCCUGCGGAUGACAAAGACAAGGAGAACAAGAAGGAAGAGCAAGCCGAGGGUGGUGCAGAGGAACCGACCGAAUCAGAAGAGAAGGAAGACGCGAAAGACGACUCGAAGGAAGCAAAGAAAGAAAACACCAAGAGGCUCUUGGGCAAGAGCAAGGGUUUCGGUUUCGUCUGCUUUAGCAACCCCGACGAAGCUUCCAAGGCUGUCUCGGAAAUGAAUCAGAAAAUGAUCAACGGCAAGCCUCUCUAUGUUGCCCUCGCCCAGCGCAAGGAUGUUCGCAGAAACCAACUUGAGGCUAGUAUCCAAGCACGGAACACCCUUCGCCAGCAGCAACAAGCGGCUGCCGCCGGUCUGCCUCAAGGUUACCUCCAGCCGGCUGUCUUCUACGGUCCAGGGCAACAAUUCCUCCCCCCUGGCGCUCAGCGUGGUAUCCCGUUUGCCGGUCAACCUGGCAUGGUUAUUCCAGGUAUGCAAGGCGGUCGCGGACAAUUCCCAGGAGGAUUCCCACAACAAGGACGUGGCAUCCCUCAAGGUCAACAGCUUCCUCCCAACUUUGGCCUGCCCGGACAGAUGCCGUUCAUGCAGAACCCUGCUCUUGUCAAUGGCAUGUACAAUAACCCUCAAGCGUUGGCUCAGAUGCAAGGUCAGAUGGGCCGUGGCGCAGGCGGACGUGGCCAGAUGCAAGGCAUGCAGGGUAUACCUCCCAACCUGCAGGGCAUGGGUGGAAUGCGUGGUGGACCAAACUUCCCACAAGGUGGACGAGGUGGCAUUCAGAACCUGCCAGGUGGGCAAGGUGUUGGACGUCUACCCCCACAAGGACGCGGACAGCCCCUUCCUAGCCGAGAGGAAGUCAACCCACCAAGCGGCCUCAACAAUCUGGCAUCGCUGUCUCCGAGCCAACAGAAACAGGUGCUCGGCGAAGCCAUCUACCCCAAGAUCCAACAGAUCCAACCAGAACUUGCAGGCAAGAUCACUGGUAUGCUUUUGGAAAUGGACAACUCUGAACUUGUCACAUUGGUCGACGAUGACGCUGCUCUCCGGUCCAAGGUCGAUGAGGCUCUCCGGGUCUACGAUGACUACAUGAAGAGUCGAAGUGGUGAAAGCGGCCCCAACGGUACGAAAGAGGAGGAAGCGUCCAAGGCUGAGGGCGCCGAAGCCACCGCCGCCUAA